AUGAGGUGGAAAUUAUGGUGUAUCAGCACCAAUAAUAGAUCAAGACUAAACCCAUCAUUAUCACCGGACUACUUUGGAAGCUACGUUCAGGCUGUGAUCACAACCACCACUGUUAGAAAACUACUCAGCCAUAGAAUUGGGUGGGCAGCAUGGCUAUUGCACGAAGCUGUGAAUGGCCAUACUGACAGUAAGGUCCGAGAGUGGCUGGAGGUAUGGAUGAAGAGUCCUUCCAUUUAUCCGUUAAGAAAUUUUUUCGAUCCUUAUGGCAUCAUCAUUGGGAGCUCACCCAGAUUCAACAUGUAUGGGUACGACUUUGGGUGGGGAAAACCAGAAGCUAUUCGAAGCGGGAUUGACAACAAGUGCGAUGGAAGAGUAAUUUCAUACCCAGGGCACCAAGGAGGAGGAAGUGUGGACUUGGAGGUGAGCCUUUUGCCAGAGUCUAUGAGUGCUCUAGAGUCCGACCAAGAGUUUAUAGAUGCUGUGUCACCUUCCCAGCAACACCAAAUGUAA